AUUGCUGUCAAAUUCUCAUUGGCGUAGCUGCGCGUGUAUUGCUACGUAGAAGUUGCUUUGCGAUACCCUCUCAGAUUGGCGACUGGUAGGGUAACGUAACGUUUAGUGAGGAUUUAUGGCAAUGGUGAGAUUGUGGCAAUGUCGAUUUGGUUUCUUACGGCACUUAUGUUUUCUACUAGUGGCAGCUUUGCUGAGCGUCCCGAGGCUGUGCUUGGGCAGUGAGUUCGAAUAUGUGACUUGUGGUUCCGUUGUGAAACUGUUAAACACCCGGCACAAUGUGAGGCUUCAUUCCCAUGAUGUGAAAUAUGGCUCAGCUGUCAGCUGGGUCCUAAAGGCUUUCUUGAUGUUCCACUCGGACAUCUUCAGCACCUCUCCAGUUUAUCUUUCAUGGAUCAGUGUUCACAUCUUCAGCACCUCUCCAGUUUAUCUUUCAUGGAUCAGUGUUCUGCUGCAUGGGACAAUCCAUUGGCUAAGUACUUGGGAGUAUGUGGGGAGGGGUGCAAGAUUGUCUGGAAGCGGACAGCAGUCAGUCACUGGUGUUGAAGCACCUGAUGAUGCCAACAGUUAUUGGAAAAUUCGAGGGAAGGUGGAUAAUGGAUGUGUGAGGGGAGCACCAGUCAAAUGUGGACAAUCUGUUCGACUGACACAUGUGAAUACGGGGCGCAACCUGCAUAGCCAUCACUUUGUGUCUCCACUGUCAGGUAACCAGUUUUCUACAUUAAAACUUGGUUUUAACUGGAAGCUUCGUUCCCAGCUCAUUAUUCACAGGAAACGUGUCAUGGCAGUUUCUUGGUUUGUGUUUGGAAUUCAGCUGUGGUUUGCUGCACUUGGUGACUGGUUUGUGUUGUUUUUUACUGCUGCCACAGAUGCAUCUGUCCUGGGGUGGGAUGCAUUGUUUAGACCAGAUAGUCAAAGGUAUAUGAUCAUAACAAGAGGCUUAUUUUCUGGCAGUUGUUUUGGAGAUGAAGGCGGUUUUCCUAACAUUGUAGACUCUACAAGUCUCCUUCAACCAGGGAGCAAUUCCCAACCAUUCUGUCAAUAUGGCAAUAGUUUGGUAAAUCAGCAGGUGGGAGGAGGAGACUCGUUCCUACCACCUGCAGCAGGAAAUAGUGAAGCUUUUAAGGACCACCUGUCUGCUUAUGCUGUUCCUUCUCUGGGCAGAUAA